UACCCAUACCAGCACAAGGCCCCGAUGAGCUACGAUUGGGACGGCACGGUUGAUUACACGGGUAUCUCAGAAUACUACGAACCACAAGGAGAGCUCGUUCAAGAUCAGGAGGGUGUAACACAAGCUGAAGGUUUUCCUGGGCAUGACUUCGAUAUACCAUAUCUGGCUACAACGCCUGAACUCGCCCAGUCUUCAGUAUCAGCAACUCCUGCAAGCCAGCAGCAAUUGUCACCACUUCGAGCAUCGCGCCCUCCUCAGCCACUAGAGCAGACUUCAAACCCUGGAAUGAAGCGGAAGGCAGACUCGACAGAGCCGACCUCGGCCACUACUGCUGCGGCAGCACCCAUUCCUGACCUUGGACCACCUUCGAAGCUAUCAAAGACGCGAUCCACACCCCAUACAUUCCAUAGUGAGACACUCGCGGCACGGCCGAGUCACGAUGAGACCAGAGCCUCAGUAAGACGACGCCAAGCCGAGGAUUCGGCGCUUUCAUCGGAGGACGGCGACGCGGAAUCUUCACAGCGCAAGGGCUCUCAUAGCGAGUCUACACAGUCUGAAAAGGAUAAGGCCCAAGUCAAAGCACGCAGAAUUGUGGAGGGGCCCAAUCAAUUCAACAGUGUUCUGCCUGCUGGCAAAGUGUUUCCUAUCCAGGUCGGCUCAGAACUGUUUAGACUAUCUGGUGCCUCAAUCUCUUCUGAUGCACCCUCGUGCUUCUCGCACUUCUUUAGUGAACAGUUGAGAGGCGGAUCCAGCAGCGUGGGCGAAUUGAAGACACUGUAUAUCGAUCGCGAUUCCGCCAUCUUCCAAGACAUUGUUCGUCACCUCCAAGGCUACUACGUUAGACCACGUGAUUCUGAGCACUUUGUGAAACUCUUCUCGGAUGCGCAAUUCUAUAGCUUGCCACGGCUGACACAACAGCUCUUCAAGAGUGAGAUAUUCGUAGAGAUCGGUGGGCAGGAUUUUCGCAUACCGCGGGACUUGUUUUCAGCCCCAGGCGAUUCGCCGAACUUCUUUUCACUCGGCUUUGCACACUUCUUUAGUACACCUUCAGAAGCUUUUCCUGGUCUGGAGCAAACAUCCUUGCUGCGACCUCCAUCGGUCAUACCGCCCACUGUACACAACCGGUCUGGGAAAACCUUUUCGGAGUUGAUGCGACUUCUUCAAGGGUACCCUGUGCACAUCGAGAAUGAAGAUCACCGGGCCGAGCUACUGCGAGAUGCUCGAUACUUUCAUCUCAAAGGCCUGGAACAGCGAAUACUUCCAGCUGGAAUAAGUUAUAACUUAAUACGCAACGUAUCGGAGAUAGUCAUUCGAUUAGAAGAUCUGCGUCAGUCGGGGGUGUCUGUGACGUCUGAUGUGACAGGAGAGGCGGACAUCAGCAUCAAUACAUCACCACCUUCGGGAGUCAAUGCUACUAGGCUGGGACCCGGUUGGGUAUCAUAUGCUCGACCAUAUAUCGACGAGAAGUCGCAUAACCUCGUUCUCGAAAUCAGCGGUCAGGAGUCCACAAGGCUACACUUCUCCGCUGGUCCAACAUCGACAUCGGUCUUCAUUCGAGCGACUUUUGCCAACGAAGCCCUCGCUCGCAUAUCGAGCCUUUUCCAGGUCAUUGCGAACAAAAUGGGAUUGCCUGCGACACAAGCUCUUGGGCUGAUGAUGCUGGAAAGUGGCGGAGGUGUUGCCGCACAACCAGUGAGCCCAGCAAACAGUGGUGUGAGUGGAGAGAAGGUGAAGAUACGUAUCGAUGGCGAUGCAUACGUCGAGGUGGAUGGUCAGGCAGUGUCAGUUGAUGCUGGGGCCGCGGGAAAUGCAUCUUCAGCGGAGGAUGAUCUGGAAGAGAUGAUGGACUUUGAUCAGGAUGAAGAAGUGACGUGGAUAGUGCGCCGAGCGCAUUGGAGGUUGCGAAUCGUGCCUGGUGAGGAGGUUGGGCGCAUGGAGGUUAUCAUGGUGGCAGUGCGAGUCGAAGCGUUCACUUCAGAGCGUGUUCGCAAUCUCUCGAGAGGGUUUCUG